CUCUCUCUCUCUCUAUCUCCGUCUAGCUGUUUUGCUUUGAUAGAAAAUCCUGAAUAGUGUACCAUCAUUAUUAUGAUCUUUGACUGGAUUCCCCAACAAAACUUCAUUCAAGCUAUGCACAAGGAAGAGUAAUUUUAUGAUAGCAACCAAUUUUGGCCCGUACAAAACUGAAUAACACAGGACUCUUUUCUUGUCUUUAUUAGAUUCUAAACUGGCGAUCGGAAGAAAGUUGCGGUUUAAUUUGUUGCGUUCUUUCGAUUUUCGAGGUCCUUUUAUUUUUGUUUUAAUCUUCUUGGUGUAAGUUGAGAGAAAUCUGAUUUUUGUAUAAAGAUUUGGCAAGGCACAUGCUGCAACUCGUGAGUUUCUUGAAUCAACAAUGUUGUAUCUGUAGCCAAGUGCUGACACCUUUGGUAGCUUGUUAGGGGCAGUAUCUGGCAAUCUGCGGCUUAGUAGGUGCUCUUUUAUGAGGGGAAUCAAAAGGUCCACUUCAGCAUUCCUGGUUUUGUAGUAAAUUUCUGGUAUUUGUGGUCCUGACGAAUUAAAGGCAGUGCCCAAAAGCUUAUCAUUCUCAUUGUGUUGAGAAGAAUGAAUCUUUUAUGACAAGCGAAGAAUGCUGGAAUUGCAAUUGGCAUUCUUGCUUCAUGUGUGGGAGAAAAGCUCAUUUUCAUUGCUACUGUUGUCCAAAUGCUCUAUGUCGCUUCUGCAUUAGUGCUGCCGAGUUUUGCCGUGUUAGAGGGAUGAAUGGCUUCUGCAAUAGUUGUUUAAAGCUUGCAAUACUGAUAGAAGAAAACAUGGAUGUUGACUCUGAUGGGGAGAAAGUGGACUUUAAAGAUCGGGAAACUUAUGAAGGUCUUUUUAUGGAAUAUUACAAGAUUGUUCAGGAAAAAGAAAGAUUUAAGAUAGAUGAUAUCCGUGCUGCUACAGACAGAAAAAAGACGGGAAACUCUGAUUCAGAUGAAUUUGGCAAUGAUGAAGUAGUGUCUGAAUAUGAAAAAGAAGAAGACCUUAAACAACAUCUUAGCAAGAAGGCAUUCAAGGGGAAGCUAUCCUGGAAACACAAGAAUGCUAGAUCGAAAAUUAUGCAGUUCACUGGUUGGGGAUCAACUUCUCUCAUUCAGUUUCUGCAAUCAAUUGGUAAAGAUACCACUGAAAAACUAUCUGAACGUACUGUGGAGGCAAUAAUUCAUAGAUAUAUUGCAGAGCAUAAGCUCUUUCAGCCAGAGAAGAAGAGAAAGAUAAUAUGCGACGAGAACUUGCGAAGUAUUUUUGGUCGGAAAUUUGUUAACAAGAAUAGAAUUUAUGAGUUGUUGGAAGCUCAUUAUUCUGAUAAUCUGGAGGAUUCAGAAGAGGAUGAAUGGGAGGAAGAGGAGAUGUAUUUUGCAGUAUACAAGGAUAAAGAUGCCUCUGUGGCUUGUGGAACAAGAAGAGAGUUAAAAAAGAAGAGAGAGUCCCAAAAACAUGAUACAGAAUUAGAAAAGGAGAAAGAGUCUGAAAAACAUGGUACACUACUCACCGCACCACAAAGUCAUUUUGCAUCUAUUACAGCUGAAAAUAUUAAGCUUGUAUACUUGAGGAAGAGCUUGGUAAUAGAACUAUUAAAACAACCCAAGUCAUUCAAAGAUAAGGUGACAGGAAGCAUUAUACGGGUCAAGUCCGAUCCAGAUGAUUAUCGCUGGACAAAAAAUUCUCAUCAGCUUGUGCAAGUUACAGGAAUAAAGGAAACUCCAACUGGAGAAAACAAUAACGACAUGAUCCUUUGCGGGUCAAAUAUGCCACUAGGGAUUCAAAUCAGUAUGCUAUCAGAUGGUGACUUCUCACAGGAAGAAUGUAAUGAUUUGAGGCAAAAAGUGAAAGAUGGCCUCGUUCAGAAGCUUAGUGUAGUGGAGCUUCAAGAGAAGGCCAGAAGUCUGCAUGAGGAUAUAACAAACCAUGAAAUUUCUAGAGAGCUGAAGAUCCUGGAUGGACGCAUCAUUCAAGCAAUUGAGAAAGGACGGAGACAAGAAUUAUUCGAGCACAUGGAAAGAAGGAACCAGUUGCAAACACCGUCAGAACGGUUACGCUUACUAGAAUAUCAUCAUGCUGUGAUUCCUGAGGAGCUUGAACCUGUUAUAGAAGAAAUUGGGCAUGAUCAAAAAGGGGAUGAAAUGUCACAUGAAUCAAAAUUUUCAAUAAAUCUCAAUUGGAAGUGGGGAGGCAAUUGUACAUCAAGAGAAAACAAAUUUCAUGGUCCUCUUUCAUGUCAAUAUGAAAAGCAGAAUCUUCCUGAAGUAUCUCUCAGUGUAUCACCUAAUCAAUCCGCCUCAAAAGAAGAAGACAACAAAAUGAUGGCAUCAGCACUCGAAGUAUCCCCAGAGCCGUCGCUUGCUUGUGAAGAUCAAUGUAACAUGAUGCUCCAAGCAGAUGCUGAGUUAUGUAGUUCUUCUGUAGAAGUCACGAAGCAGAAUCUUCCGGAAGAAAAUAACAAAGCAUUUGAAGUAUCCCCAGGGCUGUCACUUGCUUCUGAAGAUCAACGUAAUGGGAUGCUCCAAACAGAUGCUGAGUUAUGUAUUUUGACUGUAGAAGUCACGAAGCAAAAUCUUCCGGGAGAAAAUAACAAAGCAUUUGAAGUAUCCCCAGGGUUGUCACUUGCUUCUGAAGAUCAAUGUAAUGGGAUGCUCCAAACAGAUGCUGAAUUAUGUAUUUCGACUGUAGAAGUCACGAAGCAGAAUCUUCCUGAAGUUUCUCUCAGCAUAUCACCUAAUCAGUCUGCCCCGAAAGAAGAAAAUAACAAAGCACUUGAAGUAUCCCCAGAGCCAUCGCUUGCUUCCGAAGAUCAAUGUAAUGUGGUGCUCCAAACAGAUGCUGAGUUAUGCAGUUCUCCUGUGGAAGUCGCGAUGCAGAAUCUUCCUCGCGCAUCUCUCAGCAUAUCACCUCGGCAGCCUGCCUCAAAAGAAAAAAAUAACAAAACAGUAGCAUCAGCACAUGAAGUAUCCCCAAGGCCGUCGGAUACUUGUGAAGAUGGACAGAAUGCAAUGCUUCAAGUUGAAACAGAUGCUGAGUUAGAUGGUUCUGCUGUAGAAGUCACGAAGCAGAAUCAAGGGAUGGAUGCUGAAGGAGCCACAUCCAAGAAGACUGUCAUUGUGGUGAGUAGUGAUGAUGAAAGUACUUGGAGUUAUGAACCAAGAAAGCAGCAUCUCGAGGACCCAUAUAGCAGAGAAUGGCUUAUUUUAGGUCCAAAUGGUGAAAGGAACGAGGAAAAGUAUUCACUUUCAUUGCUAAAGCGUUGGAGCGAUGCAAGUUCUUAUGCAUUGAAGUACAAGGCUUGGAAAGAAAAUGGAAGUGAAGAACUUGCCAUCCCGUUGGCUGAUGCUAUUAAGAAAGCGUUUAUGAGUUGAUACAAGUUUGGUGAGCUUAGAUGCCAAGAACCUUCUUCUGUCCUAGUUUUGAAAUACAGAAAUCCCUUGUAUCUAAACUCAAAUCACUUUCUUCUACAUAUAAAGCAUGAGACAUGGUUUUGGUGUUAAAAAAAAAAAAAAUUUGUUAAUCGUUA